CACGGGGUGGAAUGAGCUGUUGAAAACGAAGUUGAAAUCCAUCUGCGUUUUUACUCAAUCUCGCACAAAAAUACUGUAGUAAAAAUGGCAACUAAAAGAAGAAAGGGUGAACAGGAAGAAACCAAACUCAGUUCAACGUCAGCGUGGAAACGAGCGAUUGUAUCAGGGUCAAAAUGGCAGGAAAAGGAUGAAUUUCUUGACGUGAUCUACUGGGGGCGGCAGAUUGUGGCGAUUCUAUGUGGAGUCAUCUGGGGAGUCAUACCAUUGAAAGGAUUUCUAGGAAUUGCUUUAUUUUGUGCUGCCAGUGCAGGAAUAUUAUACGUUUACUUCACAAGUUUCCAAGGCGUUGAUGAAGAAGAUUAUGGAGGAGUCUGGGAACUCACUAAAGAAGGAUUUAUGUCUUCAUUUGCAUUAUUUCUGGUCAUUUGGAUAAUAGUGUAUUCGGCAUUAUUCUUUGACUGACACAUCCCACUUCUAGACUCCUUCCAUCAACCAAUCAAGAUCAUCAGUUUUCCCACAGGAGGUCAGCCAUCCAAUAAUAGAAAAGCCAUUUAGGCACUUUGAGCUGGACAGGUUUGCUCAAAUGAAAAUAGCGGAUUCUUAUACAGCGCUCGUGAUGCUCAUGGCGCUCCAACAUUAUUACCCCUGGUCACUGGGCCGUUUACUUAAUUCCUUUUAAAACCGUCUCAGCUCCAUUGGGAGUAUAAAGCCUAUGCUACCAAAUAUGUAACCCUAGGGCACCAUGACAAGAGCCAUCUCUGCCACCACAGGUACCCAUUUACACAUGGGUGUAUGAAAAACAAUUAUAAGUUACUUGUCUUGCUCAAGCACACAAGUGUUUAUGAGCUACCUGUAUCUCAUCAGUUCAUGAUAUUACUAAAAGAAAAACCCACCCCUGCUCUCUCUGUUCGUGGUCUUUGAGUUACCUUCAAGCAUGGAGGUAAAAAUACCUCCUUCAAGCAUUGGAGGUAGAAAUACCUCCAUGCUUCAAGUAACUACUUCGCUAACAUAUUUUUCCUUUUUACUUAAUGCACCUUGUCUUGAUAAAACCUUUUAGCUACCCAAUACUUAUCAAUCAAUCAAUCAAUCAGAGGAAACUAAUAUAGCGCCAAAAUUAACCAAAGUUGUUCAAAGGCGAUCAAGACAGUUGGAUGAAGUUAACGUUGAUACACUUGUUGGAAUAGAAAACAAUUGAGGAGUUUCUUGAAAAUGUGAACAGUGCUAGCAUCCUUGAUGUUGUUAGGGAGAGUGUUAAGUGAUGACAAUUGCCAAUAUAUAGUUACAGGUUGAUCUGCUUUUAAAUGGCACCCUCGAACAACGAUAUUGACAAAAUGGGGAAACUACCAACUUCAGGGCUAGAUAGCUCAGUUGGUGGAGCCCCAUUGCAGUAAUCCCGAGGUGGAAGGUUCAAAUCCCCCCUCUAGUAAUUUUGUCUUUCAUCGUCCAACCCAAAAUUUAUGUGUAAAACAGUUGGAGGUAAUUACAGUAGAAGAACACGUUCCUUCACUCCUGCUUUGCACCUUUCUUUUUUGUUAUCUUCUCCAUGAUUUAUUUUUGUUCAGUCUUCAUGUAUUUACCGACCAUUGGUUGCCUUUGCGUAGGGCAAACCUCAGGUGAACUUCUUGAUAAACACGGUAUUUAACAAACCAUGUACAAGUUGUUAAUAUUAUUAGAACAUUUUAUUAGUUGUAAUUAAACAUAACCACUCUUACUGCCAACAAAAAUAGCAUCACAAUGAGCAGAGCCAAAUAAUGUCUCUUUGGGGACUGCACUGUGCUCCAAUAUCCCAGUGUUGUGAAACCCCUACAGUGUGAGUCAAAAAGAAGUUAACCGAGAUUUGUGGUUUAAAAACAAAACAACCGGCAAACCCUCAAAACCCUAGUGAAGCAUAUUGUUAAACAAACAUUCUUUCCUGCUUAUCUGAAGAAAAAAAGAGAAGUUAUGCCAGUUUUACUGAAAGCACUCAUGUUUGUAGCUGUACAUGGAAUGUUAAUGCUAGACUGAAUCUAAACAUCUGAGUAAAGUAGCAAAGGGUUUAUUAUACUUUAAAAAAAACUUGUUCAUUUUUUUUGUCAAGUAUUCCGUGGACAGCUUGCAAAAUGAGUACCUUUAUUGAAAUAGAUAUAACUCCUCUUAGGAAUGAUCAAUUUCUUUCAUUCUUUAUUUUACUAAUAAGCAGUAGAGAGUUUUUGUUAAAUAUAUGCUUUAAUGAACUUUUGAGUGUCAUUUGUUUGUUUUGAAAAACAUCACAAAUUCCGGUCACUUUCUUUUUAACUCGCCCUGUAUGUUCUGAUAACCUCUGGUCCCCUCAUAAACUCCAUGCAAGGGAUUGGGUUAGAGUAAGGAUUAGGAUUUGUAAAAUACAUUAUGGGGUGUUGUUAUUUAUAUCCUUUCAUUAAAACUCAAAUCAUCAAAAUGUAAAUGUGCACUUUGUCUAAGACCAUCUGUAAAUAAAUUUGAGGUUUAAAAGAAA